AUGUGGGGGUAUAGAACUAUAAUUCCCGACAAGUUCAGAGCGGCAUUAUUGCGAGAGUUACAUUCUGUACAUUCGGGUAUGAGCAGCAUGAAAGCAAUAGCACGCUCGUACUUCUGGUGGCCAAAGCUCGACAGCGACAUCGAGGACAUAGCGCGUAGGUGCGAAAAUUGUAUCCAAAUAAGACCAGCACCGCCGAGGGCCGUACUCUUCCCGUGGACAUGGCCGGAGCAACCGUGGACACGUUUGCACGUGGAUUUUUUAGGUCCUUAUAAAAAUAAGAACUUCCUUGUUGUCAUCGACGCGACUUCGAAAUGGCUCGAAGCAUUCGAAACUAAUUUGUGUACGGCGAGUACCAUAAUAACUAAAAUGGAAGAAUUGUUCGCGCGUUUCGGAGUUCCCAAAUCGAUCACGUCAGACGGGGCAAAAUGCUUCACGGGGUCCGAAUUUAACAGAUUCUGUACCAACGGGGGUAUUAAGCACUUAGUUGGAGCACCGUUUCAUCCAGAAACAAACGGCGCGGCCGAGUCGGGAGUCAAAAUCUUAAAAAAUUUUUUCAAAAAACAUAAAACUACCAGCACAUUGUUAAUGCAGACAUUUUUAUUGUUAUAUCGCAAUACGCCCCAUUCCACAACACACCAGUCACCAGCUAAACUAUUGUUAGGUCAUAAUACGAGAACACCGUUUGACGCACUGAUCCCCGAUACAAAAGAUGUAGUGAGUGACAAUCAAACCACCCAAAUUAAACGUCACGGUAAACGACAACAUAACAUAGGAACGGGCGAUUCCGUGGCCGUGCGCGAUUACCGGGACAAUGAUAGAAAAUGGGCAAUGGGCACGGUGAAAGAUAACAUAGGAAAAAACGUUUUCGAGGUGGAAACGGAGGAGGGGAACGUGUGGAAAAAACACUCAGAUCAAACUAUAAAAAUCCCUACUAAAGAAACAGCAUCAAAGGGGGAGACGGAUAACACCAUGGUGACUGAACUGAUAGACGAACCGGAUAAGUCAAAUAACAACGAUUCGGCAUCAAAAACGGGCCUUAACGUAGGAAGUGUAAGCCCACAGGUAGUUAGAAUAAAAAAAAAUCCCGAACGGUACCAAUCCAUAGAUUUUAGAAAAGAAUAA